GCUUCCUCGGGCUUGACGAGCCUUGGCCCUCUCCAUCGCUGCCUCUGUCGCCCCUGCUUCGUCUGCGUCGGUGCCCACUGGCUCGGCGCUCUCACUCGGGCCCCUCACCACUGUUCCGCGCCAAAAGACCCAGAGCUGGUCUGCUCCGAACAUCUGCGCUCCGGGCUCGACUCCGAGAUUCCAUCCAUCCUUUCCCAUUUUUGUUCCUCCCUUCCCUUCCCAGCACCAAUCGGCUCAAUGGCUGUCGCUCACUACUUCCUUAGAUAUGCAAUUGCAGCCGCGCUCUUCGCCGUUGCCGCCGAUGCCUUCUGCCAGACCCCGGGCGCCUGCUUCCCGCUCGCCGCCAACAACAUCUGCGGCUCUAGCUUUGUCGGCUAUGGCAUCAACAGUCUCUACUUUGACGAGUUCCCGGCCACGGGCGUCAACACCGACACCUUCAACCAGGUCAUGAUCCAGCGCUACGAAACCAUCAGCGUCGUCGCCGACAACUUCAUCUCCAACAAGGGCUGCUCGGCCUCGGCCUCGUCCUUCAUCUCCCAAAACUUCCGCUACCAGCUCUCGUUCUGGUGCAGCGUCAUCAUCCGCGACAACAUCAUGCAGAGCAGCUGCUCGUGCCCGCCUCCGGCCGGCAGCCCCGUCCACGGCCCGGCCCUGUGCACGGCCCAGUGCCAGAUUGCCACUGCGAGCGUCCAGUCGCUCCUCAACGACCCGACCACUUGUCCUGCCACCUCCAACACGACGCAGUCGCAGGGCCGGACCACGACCCUGGGCACCUUCCAGACGUACUGCUCGACGACGGCCCCGGCGGACCUGGCGACGCCGAAUGGCGGGCCGUGCUAUGCAGGCGUGGACCAAGACGUCCAGUUCUGUGGCUUCCUCGAUGCCACGGACAUGGCCAACGGAUGUAGCUCGCUACCGAAUGACCCCUGCUGUGCUUCCCGAGUUUCAGGCCAUCCGACAAACGGCACCGGCGUCACCACAUCGGCACCAACCACACCAUCGCCCUCAGUCCCCAACGGAACCCCAAGCAACAUUGGUUUAAUCUGCGGGGUCAUUGUCGGCGCCCUCGUAUUGCUCGGAGUCAUUGUCGGGUUCUUGGUCCAGAAACGUCGCCGAGCCUCCCGAGACCCGAUGUAUGUGCAACAUCCCACCGAGAGCCUAACAUACAGCCAGUACUUGCAAGAUCAACGACACAAGCAAGACAUGGAAGCCAGCGGCACGUAUUCCUCUCCAAGAGUCGACUAUUCCGAAAUCGAAAUGGCCACCAAUGGCCUCAAUGACUCGCUUCGAUCUCCCCUUCCAACUGCCUCUAUGCAUAAUUCCUCUCCUGCUUCUGGAAAGCAGUCCCCGUAUGUUCGACCCACCCGAGAGUACACGCCUACUCCUCCACCCCCCGCCGCUCCCCCCAAAGAUGAGGUCCCCAGCCCCGCAAGCUACGGAUUCCGGAUCACCAGCCCGCCGCCCCAAGGGACCCCGGUCUCCAACUCAGCUGCCCCAACAGCGGUAUCGACCGAGCCGCCGCCCCAUCAUCAAGCUGCCCGGGCCCGUCCAGCAGCGGUCGCACGAGAGCUUCCCCCGCCUGCUGCUAAACCUUACACAGCUCCACCUCCGGUCCGGAUCGGCCAGGUCGCGAAUUCGCCACAGCAUCCCGAGCCGACUGUGGUGAAGGUGGUUCACCCAUAUGUCCCCAGCAUCAGCGACGAGCUGGCUCUGAGUGUCGAUCAGGAUGUAAUCGUGAUCCGCUCCUACGAUGAUGGCUGGGCCAUGGGCCUCAUCCCCAACACCGGCAAGCAAGGCGUCUUCCCUCUCAUCUGCACACUCCCUCCCGAGGACUAUGCCGCGCUCCUCCAAAACUCGGUGACCGAGCCGGGCUCGUACAGUUCCCUGGGCGAGCUGAGCGUCCUGAGCCAAAUCUCAUCGCGGAUGUCAUCGCGUCUGUUGGACGAGGAGGAUCGUCAUGCUAUAGCAUAUUCAGGACGAAACGGCAUAGCGCCCAUCCGUGCUCCCUCACAUCAGCCACUGCCAUGAGCUCGGUGAUGUGUAGGCCCCAGUGAGCAAGCCGUGAGAUUGUUUCCCGUCCUGGUUGUUAAUCGCGUUGCUGAUGGUUUGGGAAGCAUACACUUUAUUCAGAAAAAAACGGGACAAUAUAGCCGUUUCCAUGAACAU